AGCGAAAGCAGCAUACUGUGGUAGAGGAACAACCUUGGAAAUGAUGUGGAAACAUUAUCUAUCCGAAUUGGAUCCAGAGAAAGAAUAGAAAACAAACAAACCAAAAGAACGGGAUUGAUACCUUGCCAUUUAAAUGGAUUGAACUACUCUUAUCUUGUUCUAAACGGACUGGUUGUUCCUACUCUGCGUGUGCGUAUUCUAACUAUUUUUCCAGAGAUUUUCAUUUAGCUUUAUAUCCAACGCAUUCUUACAUCACGGAUGGUAUCUGUUACGCUAUAAUCAACGAAUGCCUUUAUUGAACGUUUUUAUAUGUGUUAUUAUUGCGUUGAGGAGAAAACUAAUAUCUUAAAUAUAAAGGCAGUGAGUAAUCUUUCUUCUCUCUUUGCCAGUUUCUUUAGUGUUGUGUUGACAAGCUGAAGGCAGUUUUCAUUCUCUCCCAGCGAGGCGAGCGAUAUCACUCCACGCAUUUGGAUCGACAGUUCCAGGGUUUUUUUUUUUCUAGAUGUCACAGGCAGCUCUGCGGUGCUGGCGCAGUCUUCCGUAAGAUGGACAUUGAAUUCUUACUUCAAAGAACACAUUUAAAGUCGAGCCCGUUCUUAACAUAGAUUAAGUCAAACCGUGACAAUCUGCUAACUGAGCACAGGACGCUGGACUUUCAAAAAAGAAAUUGAUACCACUCAAACUGCUUACUCUGGCCAUAUAUCAUAAACCAGCAUAUUUAAUAGCACUGCAGUUUGGUUUGUGUUUACUCAAGUGCGCUGGCAGGUAAUGUAAGUGAGGAGAUAGAAAGUAGGCACAAAGCUCAACAAGGAAAGAGAGUGAAAAGGUGGAGAGGAGGGUCUCUCCGCCCACCUGCCUGGACUCCUUACCAUGGCUUUGCCAGAUAACUCCAGCAGUUUUCAAGGUGAGGAGCCACCUUUCCCAGAGAUUGUGGAGCUGAAUGUAGGUGGUCAGGUGUACAUUACUCGCUACUCAACGCUCACCAGCGUGCCUGAUUCUCUCCUUUGGGAGAUGUUUAGCCGGAAGACCACCAAGGGGCUCGCUCGUGACACCAAGGGCCGCUUUUUUGUGGACCGGGAUGGCUUUCUGUUCCGCUACAUCUUGGACUACAUGCGGGACCAACAGCUGGUGCUCCCUGACCACUUCCCAGAACGAGGAAGACUGCAGCGCGAGGCUGAGUUUUUUAACCUGCCAGACCUCGUCAAGCAGCUAGCGCCCAGGAUCAGCAAGCAGAACUCUCUGGGUGAUGAAGGCUGCCAGAGUGACCCCGAGGAGUCAUCUCCCAGCAACGAUGUGGCCCGUAACCUGGCCUCUCUGGGUGCAGCUGCGGCUGCGUGCGCCAGCCUGGUGCCUGGGGCCGGUGUUGAGGGCAAGCGCUCUGGCUUCAUCACCAUUGGCUACCGGGGCUCCUACACACUGGGCCGCGACAGCCAGACAGAUGCCAAGUUCCGGCGGGUGGCUCGGAUCAUGGUGUGCGGGAAGACCUCGCUGGCCAAGGAGGUCUUCGGGGAAACUCUCAACGAGAGCCGGGAUCCCGACCGUCCUCCUGAGCGCUACACCUCGCGUUACUAUCUCAAGUUCACCUUCCUGGAGCAGGCCUUCGACAAGCUGGCGGACGCCGGCUUCCACAUGGUGGCCUGCAACUCCACGGGCACCUGCGCCUUCGCCCACGAGCAGACGGACGACAAGAUCUGGACCAGCUACACGGAAUAUGUGUUCUACCGUGAGUGAGAUCAGACCUCUCCCCCCUCACCCUCCGCGUUACCCCCACUCCAGCUGCUCUCUGUGAUGGCUCUAACUUUGUAGAUAUAGAAAACUCCUGAUUCCACCCAUUCGCCUCUUCCCAACUGUCUAUCCCCUGAACAGUGCCCUUUGGUGUCCACCAGAUGCUUUUACCCUCCUUGAGUCAUCAAGUCCUGUCGUCAAGUAGACCCUGCCAUCGUCUGCCAAACCACAGCUUUCCCCAACCGCUGGAGAGACUAUGGCUCCUUUUGUAACCCCGUUUCCCCCCUGUUUAUUGUUUGGUCUCUUCAUUUAAGAACUACGCAGUAAUUGAAAGAUGUAUUCUGUGAUGUUCGGCGACAGCAUAUAAGUGUAUCUUUGGAGAAAGGGCUCCUUGCUAAGGGCUGGGUGGAAACCUGUGUAACUCUGUCAUGGUUAUGAGGGAACUGCUUGUCAGGCUCUAUUCUACCCACCCAAGAUUGCAGAGCUGAUUGAUUCCACUUUGUGGAAUAUCAACACUGCAGCACAAAGAUUAUACCAUAAUAAAGGGUUAAAUAUGAUUUCA